GUUCAGACCGUAAUAAUCGCUACGCCGAAAGCUCGAUAUCCUGAUGACGGACUUCCGGGUACCGCAGAGUUUUCUCCGUGGUCAACCCUCCGUUCCUGUCUUCGGUCUGGGUCUCUCUUCUUAACUGCUUCCGCGGACCGCCGGAGAUCUUUUCUGCCUCAGUUUGCUCAGCCCCUUCUUCCUCGGACAUGUCAUCCUCCGCUGGGUGCUCCCCGUCGGGCCAGAGCUCGGGCCUCGGCCCUGCUCUGUCUAUGUUCCGGUGGCUGGAAGUGCUGGAGAAGGAAUUUGACAAGGCCUUUGUAGACGUGGACCUCCUGUUGGGGGAGAUAGACCCGGACCAGGUGGACAUUACCUACGAGGGUCGGCAGAAGAUGACCAGCCUGAGCUCCUGCUUCGCCCAGCUCUGCCACAAAUCCCAAACGGUCUUCCAGCUCAACCAUAAACUGGAGGCUCAGCUGGUCGACCUGCGCUCCGAGCUGACGGAGGCGAAGGCUGAGCGGGUGGUGGCGGAGAGGGAGGUCCAUGAACUGCUGCUGCAGUUGCACGCUCUCCAGCUGCAGCUUCGGGCCCAGCAAGGCCAGACAGAGGACUCAGACACCAUCAAGGACAGACUGCCUGCACCAACUCUGGAGGUGAUGGAACAGGAACUUAUGGCUGGUAAGAAGGAGAAGUUAGCUGAGGCCAGACUGGAGAAAGAAGUGCAUCUGUUUAGGAAGGAAAACGAGGCCCUCCGCAGGCACAUAGCAGUACUGCAAGCUGAGGUGUACGGAGCCAGAUUGGCUGCCAAAUAUCUGGACAAGGAGCUGGCUGGAAGGGUGCAGCAGAUUCAGUUACUCGGUCGGGACAUGAAGGGACCCGCCCAUGACAAGCUGUGGAACCAGCUGGAGGCCGAGAUUCACCUCCACCGCCACAAAACUGUAAUCCGGGCAUGCCGAGGUCGCAUCGACCCAAAGAAACCUCUACCCUCUCCUGUGGGACACGAACAUGACUUGCUGAAGAAAACGCAGGGAGUCGGUCCUAUCAGGAAGGUGGCGCUGGUCAAAGAGGACCAUGAAGGCUUGGGGAUUUCUAUCACGGGCGGGAAGGAGCACGGCGUUCCCAUCCUGAUUUCUGAGAUCCAUCCCGGUCAACCUGCAGACCGUUGUAGAGGCCUGCACGUCGGAGAUGCCAUCCUCGCGGUCAACAGCAUCAAUUUAAGGGAUGCGAAGCACAAGGAGGCAGUCACCAUCUUGUCACAGCAGAGAGGCCAGAUAGAGUUUGAGGUGGUGUACGUGGCGCCGGAGGUGGACAGCGAUGACGAGAACGUGGAGUAUGAGGACGACAGCGGACAUCGAUACCGCCUCUAUCUGGAUGAAUUGGAGGACAGCAGCAGCGGCGGCGGGGCUCCACCCAACAACAACGCCGCCUCACUUCAGGCUCUGGAGAACAUGACCCUAAACAGCGGAGCAGAGAACGGAAACCCAGGAAGCUGCUGCGAAUCCCGUCCAGACGAAGAAGGAGCUCCAAAGCCCCCCGAGAGCGACGCCUCCUCGUAGGAGAUCAGUGGAAUGAACUGAACGGAGUCGGUGACAAUCCGAGGGAACGAACUGAUCAGUAUCUUGCUGCGGGGGGGUGGGGGUGAAGCGGCCAUUUUAAGACUCCCACUGAAAUUUAGAGGUGUGUCUCUGGGUGGGGGCUGAAUUUCUAUUACUGUUUAUAAUCAGGGGCAGCAGUGUUGAGGGGACUAAAGACUGACAGGGGCACAUGAAGACACUGCAACCAUGGAGGGGGGCCUUUUGCUGUACAGUAUGCACAUGGAAACAUCUCACACUCUCAGAGAAUAACCUCAACAGAUCCUCAGUCUGAUAAAUUGACAAACCCCUUCCAAAAUACAGGCUCCCAUUGCUCACCCAUGGACAUCAGCUGGUACCCCACCCCUUGGAUCCCGAAUGAGGAUGCCCAUGAAUCAAUGGCCCGUCACUCACCUCACUCUUCUUUCGGUCACGUCUAUCCGGCAUACAUAAGACAGUUGGGGGGGCAGGCAGGGGGAGGGGGCACAGAAAGUAUGUAACUUGCUGUAAAUUGUAUUUUAUUGUAGUUUUUAUUGUGCGACUCUGGCGUAACACACGGCUGCUCGCGACCGAACGUCUCCAGAAGUUUCUUCAGGUCUUCAGAGGUCAAACCCUUCACCCUGGACUUUGGAGCAGAAAUAUUUAUCCGUAAACACGUCUGUGACCCACCAGUGUUCUGACCCGGACCACCUUUAACUGAGGAGCGUGAAUGCUUCCACGUCACUUCCUGUCUUUUCUCUGGUUUCCUGUCUCUGGCUGAGCGUUCUUUUACUAAGAUUGUAGAGCUUUUCUUGUUUUUGUUUUUUAAAUAAAGGCUGCUUUAGGUUUGCGUUGUUUGUAAC